ACGUGCUCAGUCCGGCAGCCAGGUGCCCUCCCUGCAUUGACUUACUUUGUAUUCUGUUCUAAGGAUUGCGAGGGGAAGCUGUCAAUCUGGAUUUACAACGUUCCAAGCAAGGAUCCAGGAGAAUUCGAGCUGUUCAUACAUAGUAUUCCAGCUCCUGUGGACUUACUGAGACUUUUCUUUUCUAAGAGAAACUUGUAUGAGUUCCUGCUUGGAGUGAUCACCCUGGCAGACAGGGGAGGACUGUCAGAGGGGAUGACUGCCCUGGCUGGUCUGUGACAGAGGGAACUGACACAUUAAACACCCUCAGCCAGCAUUUCAGCCUUGUGACUGCUCUGGAGGACUUACAGUAUGGAGAUCAGCCCUGAGCUGCCCACCUACCUGCUCCUCCUGUUGCUGCUGGUGUCCUGGGUGAGUCCUGCCCAGGGAGCUGCUGCCAAGGAGCUGGUGUGCCAGGAGAUCACUGUGCCCCUGUGUAAGGGUAUCGGCUAUAACUACACCUACAUGCCCAACCAGUUCAACCACGACACGCAGGACGAAGCUGGGCUGGAGGUCCACCAGUUCUGGCCGCUGGUGGAGAUCCACUGCUCGCCGGACCUCAAGUUCUUCCUGUGCAGCAUGUACACCCCGAUCUGCCUGGAGAACUACAAGAAGCCCCUGCCCCCCUGCCGGAGUGUGUGCGAGCGGGCCCGGGCUGGCUGUGCCCCCCUCAUGCGGCAGUACGGCUUCGCCUGGCCGGACAGGAUGCGCUGUGACCGGCUGCCCGUUUACAGCACCUCGGACAACCUGUGCAUGGACGACAACAGCACGGUGGCCACCACGGCAGCUCCCAACCUACCGGAGCUGCCCCAGCGCCCUCCCCCGGAGCCUAGCCACCCACAGGGGGGCAAAGCUCGCCAGGAACCCUCCAGGAGCAACAAGAGAACCCCCAGUGGGUGCCAGCCGGGGUGCCAGUGCAGGGCCCCCAUGGUACCGGUCACCAGCGAGAGGCACCCCCUCUACAACCGGGUCAGCACCGGCCAGAUCCCCAACUGCGCCCUGCCCUGCCACAACCCCUACUUCACCCCCGAGAAGAGGUCCUUCACCACCUUCUGGAUUGGACUCUGGUCCAUCAUCUGCUUCGCUUCCACCCUAGCCACCGUGUCCACCUUCCUCAUAGACAUGGAACGUUUCAAGUACCCCGAGAGACCCAUCAUUUUCCUCUCAGCCUGCUACCUGCUUGUGGCCGCGGGCUACCUGGUUAGGCUCAUCGCUGGCCACGAAAAGGUGGCUUGUAACCGGGACCACGACCUGGAGCACAUCCACUAUGAGACCACUGGACCUGCCCUCUGCACCCUGGUCUUCCUGCUCAUAUACUUCUUUGGCAUGGCCAGCUCCAUCUGGUGGGUCAUCCUGUCCCUCACCUGGUUCCUGGCUGCUGGCAUGAAGUGGGGCAACGAGGCCAUCGCCAGCUACUCUCAGUACUUUCACCUGGCAGCCUGGCUUGUGCCCAGCAUCAAGUCCAUAGCAGUGCUAGCCCUCAGCUCAGUGGAUGGAGACCCAGUGGCUGGCAUCUGCUAUGUGGGCAACCAGAACCUGGACAACCUGAGGGGCUUUGUGUUGGCCCCCCUGGUCAUCUACCUCUUUAUUGGCAGUAUGUUCCUCUUGGCUGGGUUUGUGUCCCUUUUCAGGAUCCGCAGUGUCAUCAAACAGGGGGGCACCAAGACUGACAAACUGGAAAAGCUCAUGAUCAGGAUUGGCAUCUUCAGUGUCCUCUACACUGUCCCAGCCACCAUUGUGGUGGCAUGUUUUUUCUAUGAGCAACACAACCGCCAGGGCUGGGAACUGGCCCAUAAUUGUAACUCCUGUCACCAGGACCUGGCUGAGACCAGAAAACCUGAGUACGCUGUCUUUAUGCUAAAGUACUUCAUGUCCUUGGUGGUGGGGAUCACCUCUGGAGUUUGGAUCUGGUCUAACAAAACUCUGGAAUCUUGGAGAAUAUUUUACACUCGCUGCUGUUGGGGGCGCAAAACUAUUGGGGGGUCUAUGUACAGUGAUGCCAGCACUGGGCUAACCUGGAGGACUGGCACUGCCAGCUCAAUGUCAUACCCAAAACAGCUGCCCCUAUCCCAGGUAUAAGGGCACCAGAGGACUGGAAAUGGUGGGGGAGGGGUUGUAGAAAGCAAUGACUGUCUGAAAAAAGGUUGUCACCCAUGCUUAACCGUCUCCCUCCCCCUCUUUUUAUUUAGUUUCUUGCUGUUAGCAUGACAAUGAACUCUUAAUGGUAUCCAUUAGCAGGGACUAGAAUGACUGGUCUGAACAAUAUACCUGAUAUCGAAGACUCCCUGAUUUAUCUGCAUUUAUAUGCAAGGAUCAUUUAUUGAACACGGUCAUUUAAUUGCCUGGAGACUGGGGUUUGUCCUCUUGGCUUGCUAAAAAUCACAGGCAAUAAGUUUCAUUUUUCGGGCUGCUGGCCAUGGACAUGUCUGAGAUCUCAAGAGAUUUUGACUUGUGCUUGGAUAGAUUUAUAUAUAUUUUUCAAUGUGUUCUCAAACAUUUAAGUUUCUGAAUGUUUUGGGUCACCCUGCAAGGGUGUGCCUUUAACACAAUGAGACUUAUGGAUUAUAGAGUAAUUCUGCGGCAAAGUUCCAAAAGUGGCGCAAUCACCAUGGCAACCAAACUGUUACUGCUGAGCUGAACGUUCCACGUUUAGAACUUUGUCCUAAAGUUGAAAAGUGACUGUUGAAAGUGAAUUGUUAGCCGAGCACAUGCCUUAAUUAGACUUGGGACAUCCUGUGGCCUCUCUCAUAGUUUUUUUGCACUUCAGCUCUUAACUCUCAGCCAGUUUGAGGGUGAUGGGAGCUCUAGUCCAAUAAAGGCCACAAAUGUAUCAACUCUGCUUUAACCCAUUGAAUACUAGAAGAGGGAACACUGCCCUCUGGCCAUCAAAAGGGUUAAAAUCAUGU